AUGGGGAGAGGGAGCAAGCUGCCUGAAAAGCAGACACGGGUGGCGGGGGAUAGGCCUAGCUUAAGUAAAAAAAUUUUAUUAGGGAAGCGGCGUCGGCGGCUCGAGCAGAGGCAGCAGCCGGACGAGCAGCUGAGGCGGGCGGGAGCGAUGGUGAAGAUGGCGGCGGCGGGCGGCGGAGGCGGCGGAGGCGGCGGUGGUUGCUAUUACGGCGGCGGCAACGAGGGAGGCCGAGCCCCUAAACGGCUGAAGACUGAAAACGCCGGCGACCAGCACGGAGGCGGCGGCGGCGGAGGAUCCGGGGCGGCGGGCGGCGGCGGCGGGGAGAACUACGAUGACCCCCACAAAACCCCUGCCUCCCCAGUUGUCCACAUCAGGGGCCUAAUUGAUGGUGUGGUGGAAGCUGACCUUGUGGAAGCCCUGCAGGAAUUUGGACCCAUCAGCUAUGUGGUGGUGAUGCCAAAGAAGAGACAGGCGCUGGUGGAGUUUGAAGAUGUGCUGGGGGCUUGUAAUGCAGUGAACUACGCGGCCGACAACCAGAUCUACAUCGCUGGGCACCCUGCUUUUGUCAAUUACUCCACCAGCCAGAAGAUCUCUCGCCCCGGCGACUCUGAUGACUCCCGGAGCGUCAACAGUGUGCUUCUGUUUACCAUCCUGAACCCCAUCUACUCCAUAACCACGGAUGUUCUUUACACUAUCUGUAAUCCUUGUGGUCCUGUCCAGAGAAUUGUCAUUUUUCGGAAGAAUGGAGUCCAGGCUAUGGUGGAAUUUGAUUCUGUGCAAAGUGCCCAGCGGGCCAAGGCCUCACUUAAUGGGGCUGACAUCUAUUCUGGCUGUUGCACUCUGAAGAUCGAGUACGCAAAGCCUACCCGUUUAAAUGUGUUCAAGAAUGAUCAAGAUACUUGGGACUACACAAACCCCAACCUCAGUGGACAAGGUGACCCUGGCAGUAAUCCCAACAAACGCCAGCGGCAGCCCCCUCUCCUGGGAGAUCAUCCCGCAGAAUAUGGAGGGCCCCAUGGUGGGUACCACAGCCAUUACCAUGAUGAGGGCUACGGGCCCCCCCCACCUCACUACGAAGGGAGAAGGAUGGGCCCACCUGUGGGGGGUCACCGUCGGGGCCCAAGUCGCUAUGGCCCCCAGUAUGGUCAUCCCCCACCCCCUCCCCCACCACCCGACUAUGGCCCCCACGCUGACAGCCCUGUGCUCAUGGUCUAUGGCUUGGAUCAAUCUAAGUUGAACUGUGACCGAGUCUUCAAUGUCUUCUGCUUGUAUGGCAAUGUGGAGAAGGUGAAAUUUAUGAAAAGCAAGCCGGGGGCCGCCAUGGUGGAGAUGGCUGAUGGCUAUGCUGUGGACCGAGCCAUUACUCACCUUAAUAACAACUUCAUGUUUGGGCAGAAGAUGAAUGUCUGUGUUUCCAAGCAACCAGCCAUUAUGCCCGGCCAGUCAUACGGGCUAGAAGAUGGGUCCUGCAGUUACAAAGACUUCAGCGAGUCGAGGAACAAUCGGUUCUCUACCCCAGAGCAGGCAGCUAAGAACCGCAUCCAGCACCCUAGCAAUGUACUGCACUUCUUCAAUGCUCCGCUGGAGGUGACCGAGGAGAACUUCUUUGAGAUCUGCGAUGAGCUGGGAGUGAAGCGGCCAACCUCUGUGAAAGUAUUUUCAGGCAAAAGUGAGCGCAGCUCCUCUGGGCUGCUGGAGUGGGACUCUAAGAGCGAUGCUCUGGAGACCUUGGGCUUCCUGAACCAUUACCAGAUGAAAAACCCAAACGGCCCGUACCCGUACACCCUGAAGUUGUGCUUCUCCACCGCGCAGCACGCCUCCUAAUUAGAUGCUGGCAAGAGCACGUCCGAGCAGGAAAACGUCUUUCCUUUAUGCUGUUGGUUUUCUUUGGGUUUGUUCUGUUUUGAUUUAUUUUUGCAGUUUUUGUUUCUUUUUAAAUGCUAGGUCAGUAGACGCUUAACCACAAUGGAAAUUCUGGAACUCUGGAGGGGGGGAGGGGAACUGGUAUCUCCCAAGAUUAACCUUCACUUUUUAAGAUAACUGUAUGUGUGAUUUUUUUUUUCCCUGUUCAUACAUUUGUGC